ACAGCUGCACAAACAUGAGGGUGACAAAGAUAUUGUUGUUUGUGGCCAUUGAGCUGGUGUCUGGGAAGCACAGAAGAGUUGCUUCCUCUUCAGACAUUCCUGCUGACGAUUUCCUGCUUCAAGGCAUAUCCAAAAGGGAAGUCAUGUCUCACAGGCAACUCCAUUCUGCUAACAGAAGAGAGGCCGAGGUCUAUACGGAAACCACAGCCAUUUCCAAAAGAGAGGUCAAACCAGAGGUCAUUGGCAACAAACCAGCAAGAUUUUCCAUCAUUCGCAAGAGAGAAGCAAGCCCUAGCUCUAUCAGAGACACAGAAGUUCAAACUUUCAGCAAGCGAGAAGCAGAGGCGAAGGCGGAGGCGGAACCAGAGGCAGCUGUCGGCGACUCAUUCGGGAUAGCAGGGACAACCGCUGCUCCAGGGUUCGGUCAUGGGUUCCACGCCGGGUCCGGCUUCGCGGCGCAGCCUACCGCCGCCGGCUUUGCAUUUAAUCAUGCAGGUGGACAUCCAACUGGUCAUGGCCUUGGUCAGGCUAUAGGGCUUACAACCGCUCAUGCAGGCGGACUGCAAGGCAUAGAGCAUGUAGCUAAUCAUGCAGCUGGUCUGGGUACUGGCCUGGCAUUAGGUCAUGUACAUGAUUUUUCUGGGCAAGCAGGUAGUUUUGGCCUUGGUGAUGCAGCUGUACAUGGGUUUGAGAAUGCUAACGGCCACUUACAUCAUAAUGGCCAUGGGAGUGGAAGGGCAAUUGAUCUUGGAUUUGUUCAAGAUGAUCACGCUGUGGACCAUGGCGCUGGCCAUUUCGCAGACCAUUCAGUGCCGCACUCAGCGGGGCAUGCUUUACAUCACGGCGGAAUUCAGCCUCAGCAUCAUGCAGCAGUACAUUCAGCACCCCUUGCCGUUACUGCAUUGCCUUUUGCAGCAAACCAUGGUGCAUUUCAGACAGUGCCACAUGCAACAAGUCAUACUCCUCACUCGGUAGGCCACGCAGUACCUCACUCUUCACCUUUCGCAGUUCCUCAUGCGGCAAGUCAUGCACAUGCUCCUGGAUCAGGCUUUGCAGUAAGUCACGUGGGAAGUCAUGGGAUACCCCAAGGUGUUGGGCGCUCGCCAGGCCAAACCCUUGGUCGGGACUUCAGCAGUACCUUGGGUCACAGGCUACUACCUGUUUCAGGCCAUCUUGGGUUUGGUACUACAGGAGGGCACGCUGCUGCUCUGACGCAUGGCGUGGGUCAACCUGUGGCUCUCGGUGGCGUUCAUGCGGGAUCACAUGAUGACGCUAGCGCAUUUGCACACGGCUUUGGCUCGGCGUUAGCUUUCGGUGAUCCUCACGCACUUGCGCACGAUUCCGGGUUUUCAUUUGGAAGCGGCCAGGCGCUGACGCAUGCUGGAGGACAUUCGCCAUCACUUGGGAGAGGCAAGGCUUUAACGCAUGCAGGGAGUCAUGUACUAUCACAUGGAAGUGGAAAGGCAUUGGCACAUUCCGGAGGGCACUCGCCUCUACAUGGAGGAAGGCCUGCUUUUUCGCACGGAAGUGCCUUGGGGCAAGCUGGCUUCCACGGACCAUCACAUGGAAGUGGCAAAGCCUUAACACAUGCUGGAAGUCAUGCCUUUUCACAUGGAAGUGGUAAGGCGUUGACGCAUGCUGGAGGGCACGCAUUUGGAAGCGGCCUUGCGUUUUCUCAUGGAAGCGGCAAGGCAUUAUCUCAUGGAGCUGGCCACCACGCCUUAACACAAGGUGAUGUGCAUGCAUUAGGCCAUGCUGAUAACCAUGCCUUUACGGAUGUUCACGCACUAGGCCAUGCUGACAACCAUGCCUUCAGUGAUGUGCAUGCACUAGAACAUGCUGAUAGCCAUGCUUUAACGCAUGGUGGUGCUCAUGCGUUGGGACUUGCUGGCAGCCAAGGUCUGACACAUGGUAGUCCUCAUGUUUUUGCUCAAGACCUAGGUCAUGGUUUAGCACACGACGCUAACCAUGGGUUUGUACAUGACACUGCGCAUCCACUGACGCACGGGUGAUGGUAUACUAUGAAUUUAAUUAUUUAAUCAUAUACCUCAUUGUAGUGUGCACGUGCUUGUGUGAAAUGUUUCCCCUGAUAUUACUUUGUAUAUAAACCUUUAUAACAAUAUAUUUAU